UCGGAUCCAUGUGACUAAAGCGCAUUACUGCUUAUAGAUCAGUAAACCAUUUUAGCAGUCAAAAGAAAACCUUAUUCCAAACUUGACAGCUUUGAAAGCCACAACAUUCAAAAUUUAUUUAUUACCAUACUCGAGAUAAAAAUAAUUAAGACUGGCUGUCAAACUGAACAAAAUAUUGUAAUUUGUUACAAGUAAAACGAGCUAUUAUUCCGGCAGUUUUCUUCAAAACAUUACUUAAACUUAAUUAAUAUACUAAAAUGCCACGAAAAUCAGCAGCAACAAACCAACCAUCAACUUCCAGAGGUUUUACAACCAUGGAAUUUGAUUCUGAAAACGAGGAAGAAGGUACUAAUCAAAAUAUUGUGCUGCUCGUUACGAAUUUUGUGAAAUAUAUAAUUAAUUAUUCUUCGAAUAAACUUCCAAUAAAGCGAAAUGAACUAGUUAAGCAGCUUAAAAUUUCCCAGAAACAGUUUCCACAAGUUUUUAUGGAGGGAAAGGAGAUUUUGAAGGAUGUUUAUGGGAUCGAAAUAUCAGAAUUGGCAGAAACAAAACCGACCAAAUUAUUCAUCACAUAUCCAGCAUUCAAACUUCCAGUAUUUUCAAUCCUCAAUAAAGAAAUGGGAAAGGAACUGACAACACUAUUCAUUGUGCUAUCAUACAUUUUUAUGAAAUCUGGAGAGAUUCAAGAAAUCAAUUUGAACAACUUCCUUGAAAAGGUUCAUAUCAAUAUAGAGGAAUUUGCAAAGACUAGAGACAAAUUUGUCAAGCAGAUGUACUUAAAGCGUCGUAAGGUAGAAAUUGAAGGCCAAAAUGAAUCACACACUUAUUAUUCUUGGGGAGAAAGAGCAUUAUUGGAAUUCAACAAGCAGGAUGUCUUGGAGCAAGUCGCAAAACUUGUCAGAAAACCAUCAUCGAAUUUUGUCGUACAGCACCGUGAAGUUUAUGGUGAAGAUCCAAAUGAUAUGGAUUUUGUUAUGCUCGGAUAGAAGCUUAAAAAUGUAAGAAUGCACACUAGUUCAAACUGUACUCAACAGGUACUAUAUAACUAUACAUGAUAAUCCUUAAAAAAAUAUUGCUAUAAAUCAUUCGAAUUUCGUUUGACUGUUAAAACUAAAACUAUUCCAAGUUGAACGAUAUAUCUUUAGUCUUUAUUUUCUUUAAAUGUCUGAGAAAUAUUGAAAAGAGGCUUCCGUUUUACAAGAGAAAAAAAAUUGUGCAACAGGCUCUCGUCUUGUUUAAACUGUAUAUCUCUCAGCACAUGAUUUAUUAGAUCUAGCGUUUUGUCUUUUUGAACAGACUUAACAUUGGAGCUGAAAUAUGUUUAAUAUACAUAGGUUCUAAAUCCUUUAAUAUAAGAAUAAGUGCCAAAUCAAUUGAAUUAGAAAUAAAUAAAAUUUUUGUUGAAAAACGCGAAUCAUCUCAACAUUCACGGCUUAAGGUUUUUUUGUGUCUCAAGACAU